GAGAUCGUGUGCUGUUAUUCGUUGCGAUUCUACUGCCAAAAUGUGGCAAAUUAACUGAGCAUUGACUGGGGGAAACAACAUUAAGAGCGUAUUCCCUGGCAUUCGCGAGGCGAAUCACAAGCCGAUGAUCCCGCACGCCCAAAUUUAUUUACCAGCCUAUAAAUAACAGCUGCUACACCCACCAAAAUCACAGAGCAAAACACACGGUACACAGGACAGACAAAGAGAGAAAUCCCGUCUCCAGACACUCCGCUCCGAUCCGUUCCGUCCACCCAAAAUGGCCGCCAGUACCAAGUCGCUGUUUCUCCAGGCAGCUCUCCUCCUCCUCGCCGCCGGCCUCCUGGUCUCGUCCUGCUACGCGUCUCCAGACGCCACCACUCAAGGCGACGUGAAGGCGGCGCCGGCGCCGGCGACGACCACGGGGCGGACCACGGACCCCAAGUGCUCGGAGAUGUUCCGGUGCACCCCCGAUAAUUGCAACGACUACUGCGUCCUCAUCGGCCUGCACGACUCCAAGGGCUUCUGCAGCUACCGCGGCCUCAACUUCUACUGCUGCUGCUCCGUCCCCUUCCGCCGCACCGCCGCCGCCAAGACGCCAGUCAUCUCCUCCUAGUUCUUUCUUCGUACGUGCGUGUAAAUUAAGAGUGUGGCCGAAAGGCACACGACCUAUACGUAGCAUUUCUGCGUUAAUAAAGUUCUUCCUCUUGCGUGCAUACAA